AUGAGGCUCGUCAAGCCUGCUUGGAUUAAGCAUGAGGAUCCUAUAAAUAAGAAACGGUUGCCAAUAUUUACCAUUCAUGUGCACCCAGACGGCAGCCGCGUAGCAACGGGAGGUCUCGAUGCCAAGGUGCGAAUAUGGGCGACCAAACCUAUUCUUAACAAGGAGGCGGAGGAGACGGCGACGAAUAGGAUUCUAUGUACCCUGGGAAUGCACUCUGGCCCUGUACUGGUCACCCGAUGGUCUCAUUCAGGCAAAUGGCUUGCAUCUGGCUCUGACGAUACAAUUGUUAUGAUCUGGGAUUUGGACCCAAAUGGUGGUGGUCGCGUUUUCGGAUCCGACGAAGUCAACAUUGAAGGAUGGAAGGCGUUGAAGCGAUUACCUGGUCACGAAAGUGGCAAGUUUCACUCCAUUCCUGCCGGCAGAACAACAACAACUAAUCUAUCACUUAAUUUAGACGUUACUGACCUCGCCUGGGCCCCUGAAGACCGAUACCUCGCCUCCGUCGGUCUAGAUUCGCUUGUGAUUAUCUGGAGCGGAUACAACCUUGAUCCACUUAUUAAGCUCGAUGGACACCAGGGGUUUGUUAAAGGAGUUACAUGGGACCCUGUGGGACAGUUCCUAGCUACUCAGUCAGACGACAAAUCUGUGAAAGUCUGGCGGACAACCGAUUGGGGAGUAGAAGCGACUAUUACUAAACCUUUUGAGGAUUCUCCUGGGAGCACGUUCUUCCGUCGAUUGAGUUGGUCCCCAGAUGGCGCGCACAUCACCGCGUCAAAUGCGAUGAAUAAUAAUGGUUAUGUAUUUGUCGCGGCGGUCAUUGAGCGUAAUCAAUGGAAGAGUGAUAUCAAUCUAGUGGGUCAUGAAAACACUGUCGAAGUCGCGGCAUACAAUCCGCACAUAUUCCUUCGGAAUGCCAACGCAGCAGCCACUACAUCUAACAUUUGUAGCGUCGUCGCUCUGGGUGCGGACGACCAAUCGGUCUCUGUUUGGCAGACCAAGCAUGCUCGGCCGUUAGUAGUGGCUCGAGAAGUUUUCGAUCGUCCGAUCAUGGAUCUAGCAUGGUCAUGGGACGGGUUGACCCUCUACUCGUGUUCCUCUGACGGAACAGUCGCAACGUUUCACUUUGAAGAGGCUGAGCUGGAGGGAAUCGUUCCCCACUCGGUUCAGGACGAAUACCUCAAGAAAUUCGGAUUCCACGAGCAGAACGCAGAGAUUAGAGCCGAGCAACAGAGACAGAAAGAAGCGUUCGAACGAGCUCAACAGGCUCAACAACCAGUCCAACAGCAAAAGCAACAGCAACCGUCCACAAACGGAACACUGGAGACCUACGUGCCUGGACAGCAGCAAGUGACGAUCACAAAAGACGGCAGACGCCGUAUCAAGCCCAGUCUGAUUGGUCACUUGAAUUCAUCGGGGAGUGGGAUACUUGCCACGCCGGCUCCUGCGAUUCCCACAGCGUCCUCUACUCUCCAGAGUGCAUCGUCGGAUAUACCUUCUGCAUCGGCAAUGAGAGUCCCGACUGUGCCAAAUACAGCUCCGAAUUCUUCAUCCAAUACAUUCUCCAACGCUCCAGCUUUGCCCUUUUCGCAGAGUGUUGACGCCGAUGGUGAUCAUGACAUGUCCGUUCCGAUCGACGCGUGGGGACCCAAGGGCGAGAACGCGACCAAGGUGAACCUCAAGCCGCGUACGCUUGGCGGGGACCGGAAGCGCGAGCCCGCCGGACCGGUUCGAGAACUUCGGCCGGCCUCGGGCGACGGGAAUGCGGUUAUCGUAGGAGCGAGAGUAUUGGAUGUUCCGAGCGUCAAGAGUUCGUUGAGUUGUAAGGUCGAAGGAUCGGAUAAAGAUUCUGAUACUGUGGAGAUCAAGAACGCCGAGAGUGUGGAGAAGCCGACCGAGAUUAAUUACUAUCGAAAAUCGGAGACGUGUUGGUUGGAUUACUUGCCUGGCGCGGCACUCCAGGUGGUUGCCACGAUCAAUUUUGUUGCUGUAGCAUUGGAGGACGGCGCAAUCAACUUUUAUACGAAUACCGGACGACGGGCCAUGUCGACUGUUUUACUUGAUUCGCCCUGUUCUCAUCUUGAAGCGUCCAAGCAUUUCUUCUUGCCAUAUCUGCUACCGGAAUGGUUUAUUCUUGGCAAGAACGUACGGACCGCCUCGGCCCUUUUCCCUCCGACCUCUGUCCUCGCUCUUCUCCCCACCGAUACCUCCAUCGACUCGGUUCAGCUCCGACCCAACGGCUCCCACCUGAUUCUGCUAUCUUCCGGAAUCGCAGUCUCCUACGACGCAUCGCUUAUGAGUUGGACACGAGUAAGCGAACCCCGUUGGGCAGACGGUAGCGAUUCUUGGACAGGUCGUCAACGAGGACCCAGCUCGGCCCGGGGUGUACUAGCAAAUAUGGAAGUUGCACUCACGGAUAUCCGAGGUCAGGACGGAGAUACCAGUGCGAUUCGCCGUCCACAGUGGUGGAACUCUGCGUUGACUCUUGGCCACCUGGAAUCGAGACUUGCUGCCGCCCAGCUGCUGGAUAGCCCAGCAGAGUACAAGCAAGCUCUAUUACUAUAUGCCAAGCGAUUGGCCGACGAGGGCUUCCGAUCUAAAGCAGAAGAACUUAUUAAAGAGCUUUCUGGACCGAUGUAUUACCGGCCCGGCCGUGAAGAGAAAUGGCAGCCGGCGGUGCUGAAUAUGAACAAGCGCGACCUAUUGAAAGAUGUCUUGGGUAUAUUUGCGCGAAGCAAGACGCUCGCCAAACUCGGUCAAGACUAUCAGGAAGUAUUGAAAAAAGCAAACGAAAAAGAGGAUUAUUGA